AUGACCGCACCGCCCGACCUCCGGGUGGUCUGCCACAGACUAGCCUCAACACCUGUCGACAGCCUGCCUCGUCUAUGCCCAUUGCUUAUCAAUCAUGUCCUUCGCUGCGGCGGCCCCCUUUCAGAACCUCAAGAUGCUAAGGGCAAAGACAGGACUUCUGAGACGGCCAUGCUUGUCCACAAAUUCAGAACUCAUAUCACUUCCCUGCUCACUGGCAAAAGCCCGGCCGGCCGUUUCACAGCAGUCUGUUUGAUUAAGGCUGUCAUUGAUGUUGGAGGUUGGGAAAGUCUGCGGUCAGCAGAGCCCUGGAUCCGCGGGUUGAUCGGGGUUCUUCAGAAACCCGAUCCUUUAUCCUCAAAAGAGCUGAGCAUCGUCACUCUAACUAAGCUUUACAUCCUCCUCCAGGACUACCAGACUCUCAUUCGUGAGAUGGCCACGCCAACCCUUCCCGGAUAUGCAACGGCCUGUCUGCAGCUCAUCAAGCCCCCAGCUUCAGGGCGGCCCCUUAAGGUGCCCCUGAACUUCGUUGACACAGUCGCAUGGUCACUUUCCAAGCUUGUGGUCCUCUACUCUACCACUAUGCGCCCAUUUUCCGGCCAAAUCAAGUCUGCACUCAGGCCUUAUAUUGCUCCUACUUCGUCUGAUAAUGUUGUGGUUCCCCAGAGCUUGAAGGAGAACUCACGGAAUCUGUUAAUCCUGCUUACCUACACGGCUCCGAAAAAUGGUAGCAGUGAUGAAUGGGUCAAGGCCAUCAGGGCGACAAUACUUGACUGCCACACUACCGCCGACCAGGUUUUCCGAGCCGUACGCGAGUCAUGGGAGUCAACUACAGGCUACCACAUCCAGCCCGUCAACGCUACCGGUGAGCCUUCGGGUGGCGGCGAUUCCGUUGACGAGCUUCCUCCGUGGAGUGGAUUACAGGCUGGUGCUGAAAGGCUAACUGGCCUGCUGGAGUACCUUACUGCCUACUUCAACAACCCAACCAGAGCCCCUGUUAAUGUGCCGUUGGGAGAGUUGCUCGACUUGACGACUAGGCUUACUCUUGUUAUUCCUCCCUCUCUUGGUGCUGAAGACUCCAUCGAGACGAAUCCAGCCAUUGGAAGGGAUGAGAAGGCCGAGCUUUGGAGUGCGCUUCCCGACAUCCACCACGCUGUGCUCCGCCUUCACUGUGCUAUCAUUCGCCGUCUUGAGGCCAAUGCAAUCCCCCUUGCAACUGACAUCAUUGACCAGAUGGUGCGAGUCUCGACUGCGAGCAAGCAGCUUCCUUCGGUUCGCGAAACGGCCUACAUUCUGGCCAAGGAAAUCCUGCUUCUCGCUGGCUCGACGCUACCCAAGCUCACAGUCGACAUUCUUAUCCCUCUCAUUCAGUCCUCUUGUCACGACAUCCUGACCGCUGCUGGUCAUGCCCAGCCUGCUCAGUCGCAGUCAUCCGUCCCUGUCACCGCCUCUAAGCAACAAAAGUCAUCCAGCCCGGCCCUUACCAACGCAGAUGCCUUCCUUCCCGGCCAAUCCUCCUCCUCUACCCCGAAAACUUCAACUGCCUCUCCGGUCUCCCAAGCCGCAUCCGCCCUGCUCCCAACUUUCUUCACCCACCUUCCUCAGAAACACCUCCCUCCUGAUAUCCGUGGCCUGCUGGACCGCACCGCUAUCCUGUCUCACAACCAGUCUGCUAUGUUGGCCAGCUGUCUGCACCCGUACCGCGACAGCCGCGGCCGGUAUUACCCCAGCAUUCUUCCCUUCUUGGUCCGGCGAUUCCCUAGGGAUGAAAGCGUCGAGGUGUUGAGGAGCAACUUGGUUAAAGUAGGGGGAAGCGAUGCAAGCAGAGGAUGGGAUUUGAGUAAUGGUGUGACCAGAGAUAUAAGCUAUGGCAGAGAGUUCGCUCAAGAGAUGAUCAGUGAGGAAAAGGGGGUUGUCAAGGAGGACGAAACCUUCGCUAAGGAAAUUGAGCCAGUAAAGAGCACAGCGAAACCAGCGACCAGCGCCAACGCAUGGGGAGUUGAGAUGGAGCUCGACGUCGAGCACGUCAAUGUUGCCCCCAUCCCCGAGACAACGAAUCCCUUCGCCACAGUCGUCGGCACUACCAGCCAGCCCUCCACUUUGAUACAACCAGCCUGUCCGUCCUCUCCGCUCAAACGAAAGAGUGAUGCAGAGGAGUUCGAUGAAGGCAGCCGCCCCAAGAGAGUCGACACAGGCAAGGCUGUUUCGCACCCUCAGAUGGCUGUCAUCAGCUCUGUUCCCAAGCCAGAAGAGGACAAAAGCGAUGAGAGUAGUGAUAGCGAAGGCAGUGUACAGAUUGACAUGACGCUCGAAGACGAUGAGGAGGAUGAAGAAGAGGAAGAUGAGUGA